AUGGCUGGCGACAACUCUGAAAACAAGGAUGCUUCCAUGUUAGAUGUAAGUGCCGCAGUUAGCAACCCCACGAUUGAUAAAAGCAAUGCGACCUCAAACCCAAGCAACGAGGCGUCCUUGGCGUACACUUUCUCCCAAAUGAAUGUAGAUAAUCCAAACGAAUUAGAGGCUCAGCCACCGCUAGGGCAUAAAUCGAGUUUAAUUUUUAAUGAUGACGACGAUGACGAAAUACCACCAUAUUCAAACCAUGCAGAAAAUGGUUCUGGAGAGAGGUUCGAAUCUGAUGAUGACAUUGAUGCUAGUAGUUCGAGUAGUAUCGACAGCAAUGAAGGCGACGGUCAUGAUGCAGAUAUGACUGCAAAUACCCUGCAAAAAAUGGAUUGUCAACCACCUCAGCAAGCUAGUGCGUCUCAGAACCAAUCAUCUCAACAGCAAGAAGGACAACAACAGAGUGCCAGGGAGGACAAAAAAGGAAGAGCAAUGAUGUUUCCAGUUGAUAUCACUUGGCAACAGGGGGGUAACAAAGUGUAUGUUACCGGUUCAUUCACUGGAUGGAGAAAAAUGAUCGGGCUGGUACCAGUGCCUGGACAGCCAGGACUCAUGCAUGUAAAAUUGCAAUUGCCUCCAGGUACUCAUCGUUUUAGGUUUAUUGUUGACAAUGAACUAAGGUUCAGUGAUUAUUUACCUACCGCAACUGACCAAAUGGGUAAUUUUGUCAAUUAUAUGGAAGUGAGUGCACCACCGGACUGGACUAAUGAACCUCAGCAGCAAGUGACGGACAAUAAGGCAUAUCAUGCCGAUGAUAAUCAGUCGACUAAGAGACCAAUGAGCGCCCGAUCAAGAAUUGCAUUGGAGAUAGAAAAGGAACCGGAUGACAUGGGUGAUGGUUACACGCGUUUUCACGAUGAAACCCCGUCUAAACCUAACUUAGAAUACACUCAGGAUAUACCUGCUGUCUUUACUGACCCAAAUGUAAUGGAGCAAUACUAUUUAACGCUUGAUCAACAACAAAACAAUCACCAAAAUAUGGCGUGGUUGACUCCUCCACAGCUGCCACCACACUUAGAAAACGUCAUCCUGAACAGCUACUCAAAUGCACAAACUGAUAAUACGUCCGGUGCCCUUCCCAUCCCCAACCAUGUUAUAUUGAACCAUCUGGCGACAAGCAGUAUUAAGCAUAAUACAUUGUGCGUCGCGUCGAUCGUCCGGUACAAACAAAAAUACGUGACCCAAAUACUGUACACUCCACUGCAAUAG